AACUAGUCAACGUCGUAUUAUAACUUGAAAAAGACCAUGAAGAAUUACAGUGCAUAUGUCAUUCUUUCAUUAGCAAUUUUAUUCAAUAUGCUUCUUCCAUCUCUAGGUGAAGACAUUAAGUUUUGCCCAGGAUCAUUCUCAGCAAAUGGGGCAUGUGCUAACAUCGAUUGUGGGGAUUUGGCAUCAUUUCAAUGGCCAGCAAGCUCGAUGUUUCAUAGUUGUGUGUGCUCUGAUGCUGGAGAAAAUAAAAGUACCUGCACUUGUCAAAUUGUUUGUGGGUGUUGUGGCUAAAUGAUUAUAUUCACAUUUCUCAUUUAAUUUUGUUAAAUCUACACCCAUUGAUAUGAAUUUCAUAUUGGUGUGGUUAUAACAAAAUUUAGUGAGAGGUGUCAAUAUAACAACUUAAGAGAUAAAUUUAGCAUCACUCAGUGUUUGCCUUGUUAAUUAGAGAUGGAUAUCCUUCAUUUUAAAUAAUAUAUAUUUUCUUCAUGAAUAUAUUAUGGGAAGUGAACAUCAAUAUAAAAGUAUUGAAUACAAUAAAAUAUUUGUCUGGAU